GCUGGUUUUGGGUUGUGGCUUGAUCUGGGUAUUUGUAGCGCCCAUCAUCACCCUCCUUUUUCAUCGUUUGGAGAAAAACUCAGAGCUCCAGCUGCGGCGAGAGAUGUGACGGUCGAGAUCCAGAGGCUCAUCCGAAGCUCCGCGGUGAUCAUGGAGGACGAGCCGAUGUCGGAGGAGGAUAUCUUGCUAUGGGCUGAAAAGGAGUUUCAUGAUGCUGCAAAGAGAAACGACACGGACAAAAUGCAGGAACUGAUCAAGAAGGGCGUGGACAUCAAGGCCAAAAACAAAAUAGGCCGUAAAGCACUGCAUUGGGCAGCAGGAGCUGGGAAUGAACGGGCUCUGCGUCUCCUACUGGACCAUGACACUGAUAUUGAUGAGAAGGACAGUUUUGGCAUGAAUGCUCUGCUUCUGGCCUCCUGGUUUGGUCACCUAAAUAUCCUGAAGAUUCUGGUGUCCUGUGGAGCCAAGCUCAACAAUGAAAACAAAGAUGGUCUGGGUAUACUCCACUGUGCUUCUCAGCGAGGACACAUCAGGGUAUUGGAGUUCAUCAUGGAAGACCUGGAAGGCAUCCGCCUGGAUAAAGUUGACAAGUUAGGGAAGACAGCACUUCACCUAGCAGCUGAACACGGACAGGUUGAAGUGACAGAGUUUCUCAUUGGAAUGGGUUGCACACAUGGUUUGAAGGACAAGGAUGAGAAUACAGCCUUGCAUCUGGCAGCAAAGCAAGGUCACACGGAGGUCCUGCAGAAGAUUGUGGUUACAGGAGUAGAUGUGGAUGAGAGGAACAUAGAUGGUCUCACUGCAUUGCACCUGGCAGCUGAUGGAGGUCACUAUGAAUGUGUCAGACAGCUGCUGGAGUCUGGCUGUGACGUCAAUGCAGUAACACAUAAGAAUAUGAAUGCUCUCCAUUACGUGGCCCAGCAUGGCUUUGACAGAGAGGCCAGUUUGCUUCUGGAGGCAGGAAUCAACAUAGAUGCUGCAGACAAACAACACAAUACACCGCUCCACCUAGCUGUCUUCAACAAUCACGCAGGGGUUGUGCGGCUUCUUAUAGAUGCCGAUUGCAACGUUGACAUCACUGACAGUAGGCAGCAGACUGCGUUGCACAUAGCAGCAGAACGUGGUUGGCAGGACCUGGCUGAGAUGAUUCUGAUCUCUGGCAUUAACCUCAAUCUGACUGACAAGUUGGGGAAAACCUGUCUGCAAGUGGCAGCAAGAGGAAACUACGUCAUCAUCGUGGACAUGAUCAUCAAAGCAGACCGUUUUUAUAAGUGGGAGAAGAAUCACCUGGGCAGUGAGUCGGACUCCUGGGUGGGAAGAACUCUGAGCUUCAAGCAGGACCACCUGCCAGAGACGCAGCACUUCCGCUCUAUCCUCUGGAACUUGGCAAAUAAGCACCUUUGUCGUGGAGAGUGGAAGGUCCUGGCUCAACACUGGGACUUUAGUGACACACAUAUACGAGCUAUAGAACAACAAUGGACAGGUAUGAAAAGCUUCAAAGAGCAUGGCCAUCGCAUGUUAUUAAUCUGGCUUCAUGGAGUGGUGGUGGCAGGGGAGAAUCCCAUCAAAGGCCUCUAUGAGGGGCUGGUGCAGAUCUCACGGACGGACUUGGCAGAGUGCAUCCGGCAGAAGGCAAACGCAGAGACCAGCCCACCCAAAACGUGCUCUGCAAUGUGACAGGGAAUAUCAGUGACUGUGAUGGCGAUCCAGCGUGAUCAGUCUUUUCAGACUUGCAUCCGUUCAUCUGCAGAUGCCCAGGGCUGAGCCCAUAAAACAGUUCUCUCUUGUCCAUGACGUGACCUGUUUACGUAAUCACACUGUGAAUGUGAUGGGAUUGUUCUGAUUCUGGACGUAUAUUUUAAUUUAUGGUUAUGGAAAUGGAUUUAAAGCUUCUACAAGUGGAACAGUUUUUUUUUUUGUGUGUGUGUGUGUGCACUCAAAGGGCUUCAUAAAUGUCAGCAUAUUAUGACUUCUAUUCAGCCAAAUGAAGCUGUUUAUGGUAACAAAAGAGAACAACAGUAAAUAAAACUAAAUGUUAUUUCUA